UUUGUGUUGGGAGUCUCAUUGUGAACCCGCUUAAUUAUCCCGUUUAAUUAAUAAAAUACAUCAAAUUUAGUGAAUCAAUCACUAUUCCGGUGUCGUACUUCGGCAAGUACAUCGUUUCCAGCAAAAAGGUCGUCGCGCACGUGGGUCUUUCGGUGAGAAAACAGCGAAAAAGCGUACGCAGCGUACAUCCUCUACGAGAAUGUCUGUGGAAAAUCCUGAAAAUCAAGGUGCUCAAGCCACUGAGCAUCAGAAAUUGGUGAACGGAGAGCAGCCACAGCAGAACGGCUUCAGCAAUGGGCACAGCGAUCGCGAAGGUUCGUUCGUGAAGCCCAAGGACAAGACGUCGUCGAGUUCGUCGCACAAGAGCAGCUCCAAGGACAAGCAUCGUGAUAAGGAUCGCGACAAGGAACGCAGCAAAGAUCGUUCGUCGUCGUCGUCGUCUUCGGGGCAUCGUGAUAAGGAAAAAAGUUCCUCCCACAAGUCUGAUAAGCAUGAUAAAGAUCGCAAGUCGUCUUCGUCGUCGUCAUCGAGCAAAGACAAGGAUCGCAGCAGCUCCUCCUCCUCCUCGCACAAAUCCUCCUCGAAGGACAAGCAUCGUGACAAGGACCGCAAAGAAGGCGAAAAGUCCUCGUCGAGCAGCAGCAGCAAGGACAAAGAGCACAAAUCGUCGUCAUCGUCUCACAAGUCGUCGAGCAAAGACAAGCAUCGCGAUAAGGAACGCAGCAGCAGUGAUAAGAGCAAAGAUAAGGAGCGCAGUGGCGAUAAGAGCUCGAGUUCCAGCAGUCGUGACAAAGACAAGGAACACAAAAGUUCCUCCUCGUCGUCGUCGAAAGACAAGCAUCGCUCGUCGGACAAACACUCGUCGAGCUCCUCGUCGCACAAGAGUUCCAGCAAGGACAAGGAACGUUCGUCGUCGUCGUCGCACAAGUCCUCGAGCAAGGACAAGCAUCGCAGCGACGAGAAAAAACGCGAGGAAAAACCGUCGAAUGAGCAACCGCAAAACAACGGACACGAAAUUAAGGAAGAAAUGUCGUCGCCCAGCAAGAAACAGUACGAGUUGCAAAUGGAGAGCAUGCAACAAGAUUGUCACGUGUCCUUGGAACGCGUCAAUUUCGACGAUUUGCAUGGAAAUAAUCCGGUUUGUGAUCCGUUGGAUGUUCAAAAUGCAUCGCAAGCAAGCUCAUGCGAUUAUAAUUUUUCGCAAUUUCGCACGGAUGAGCCUAAUUUCGUGGUAAAAGAGGAAGCUAGCGAAUCGGAGGAGGAAAAACCUUUGAGUAUGCGAGGAAAAGCUGCUGUUAAGCAAUACGAUGAGGACUCGGAGGAAGAGAUUCCAUUGUCAAAACGCAAAAAGGCGGUAGUCUCAGACUCGGAAGAAGAGGAGGACAAACCCUUGAGCAUGAAAAUGAAAAAAGUAAAGAAAGAGGAACCAGAAUCUGAGGAGGAAAUUCCAUUGGCAGCUCGUAAAAAGCCCAAAGGCGAAAAGAAACGCAAAAAGAAGAAGGGAGGCGAUUCGGAAAAUGACGAGGAAGAAAGUUACGACGAAAAGCCAAAGAAAAAGAAGAUCAAGAAGGAGAAGCAAAAGGAAUCUGCCCCCGUAACACCCCAAAAAGGAGGCCGCAAAAAGAAGGAAGAAGAACCCGAAGAAGUUUGGAAAUGGUGGGAAGAAGAAAAGCGUGACGAUGGCGUCAAAUGGCACUUCUUGGAACACAAAGGUCCCCUUUUCGCGCCCGAAUACGAGCCACUGCCAAAACACGUCAAAUUCGUGUACGACGGCAAAGAGAUGAAACUCUCGCAAGAUGCCGAGGAAAUUGCCGGCUUCUACGGAAAAAUGUUGGAAUCCGAUUACUGCGAGAAAAAAGUCUUCAACGACAACUUUUUCGCAGAUUGGCGCAAGGCAAUGACCAAGCAGGAACGCGAAAUCAUCAAAGAUUUCAAAAAGUGCAAUUUCAAGUACAUGCAUGCCUUCUUCAAGGAGCAAAGCGAAAAGAACAAGCAACGCACGAAGGAGGAAAAGUUGGCGCUCAAGCAGAAAAACGAGGAAAUCAUGAAGGAAUAUGGCGUUUGCAUCAUCGACAGUCACAAGGAAAAAAUCGGCAAUUUCCGCAUUGAACCGCCCGGUUUGUUCCGCGGACGUGGCGAACAUCCGAAAAUGGGCAUGUUAAAGAAACGCGUCAUGCCCGAGGAUGUCAUCAUCAAUUGUUCGAAGGACAGCAAAUGGCCCGAACCGCCCAAAGGGCAUCGAUGGAAGGAAGUUCGACACGACAACACUGUCACGUGGCUCGCCUCGUGGAUCGAAAAUGUUCAAGGACAGGGCAAAUAUGUGAUGUUGAAUCCCAGUUCGAAGCUGAAGGGCGAAAAAGAUUGGCAAAAAUACGAGACGGCGCGUCGUUUAUUGAAGCACAUCGACAAAAUCCGCUCGACAUACCGCGAAGAAUGGAAAUCCAAGGAAAUGCGGAUUCGACAACGUGCUGUCGCUCUCUACUUCAUCGAUAAACUCGCAUUGAGAGCAGGUAACGAAAAGGACGAUGAUCAAGCCGAUACUGUGGGUUGUUGUUCGUUGCGUGUCGAGCACGUGGAUUUGUUCAAAGAGAAGGACGGCAAGGAAAAUAUUGUCGUUUUCGACUUUUUGGGUAAAGAUUCCAUUCGGUAUUACAACGAGGUUGAGGUCGAAAAGCGCGUUUUCAAGAAUUUGGAGCUCUUUAAGGAGAACAAGAAGGAGGGCGACGAUUUGUUCGAUCGCUUGAAUACGUCGGUGCUGAAUGAACAUUUGCGCGAUUUGAUGGAGGGAUUGACGGCAAAGGUUUUCCGUACAUUUAAUGCGUCGUACACGCUGCAAAAGCAACUGCAAGAGCUCACAGAUCCCGAUGCCACGGUACCGGAGAAACUUUUGGCAUACAAUCGAGCAAAUCGGGCAGUUGCUAUUUUGUGUAACCAUCAACGUUCGGUGCCAAAAACGCAUCAAAAGUCGAUGGAGACGCUCAAGGAGAAGAUUCGACUGAAACGCGAAGCUGUCGAUGAUUGCGAACAGGAAUAUAAAGACUUGAAACGAGGCAAUCCCGCAUUACGUGAGAAGAAAAAGAAGCAAUUGGAUCGUCUCAAGGAGCAACUACAAAAACUCGAAUUACAAGAGACGGAUCGUGAUGAAAAUAAAACAAUCGCUUUGGGCACUUCCAAACUCAACUAUUUGGAUCCUCGUAUUUCGGUUGCAUGGUGCAAAAAACACGGCGUCCCCAUCGAAAAAAUCUUCAACAAGACUCAGCGUGAUAAAUUCCGUUGGGCCAUCGACAUGGCUGACGAGAAUUACGUAUUUUAAAUUAAAAAUCUGACUAGAAAUGGACAAAAAUUUAACCGACAGACAAAAAAAAAUUUGAAGGUAGGACAGAAAAAAAGUAAAAAAAAAAUUGAGUUGCAAAUUUACCACCUAAGAUUUAUUUUCAAACACAAAAAAAUAAUAAUUAGGUCUAUUUUUUAAUAAUUCAUAUAAAAAAAAUUAAUGAUAAAAUAUUAGAAUUAAUUAAUAAGUAAAUAAUGAUAUUUACCUAGUUUAGAAAUAUGUAAAAAAAAUCAAUUGAAAUAUAAAAACUACCAAUCCAACCACUUUUUAAAGCAAAAUUCUUAAAAAAAAAUCUCUUAAAUUUUUCGUAAGAGGACCUAAGUAGUAAUUUACGCUCGUAAGUUAGUUCAAUUUUGUCUUAAUUUAGCAUAUUUUUAGUAAAUUGUGUUCUUUUUAUCCAUUUUUCGACUGUUUUUUGGUUCAAUCCAAUUUUUUUUAAAUAUAAUAUUUAAUUUAUAAUAUUUUAAAAAUCUUCCCUUAAAAAAAAAAAAAAAAAAUUAAGAAAAAAAAUUGAAGCCUUUUCCAUUCAUUAGACAUAUAUUCCAAGUGCUUAGUUGACCGAACCCGCAAAACUGUAAAUACGUGGCUUUUUAUAAAAAAAAAAAAUCAAGAAAAAAACGGCGAUAAUCGGCCAAUAAGAAAUACAAUGGAAAUAUCGUAAUCAAAUCAAUUAUCAAAUAAAUUAAUAGUAAUAAUGUGUAUUAAAUUAAGUGUAUUUUUUGCACAAACAAGAGUCGACAGACUUGCAGUAUGAAGAAAAAAAUCAAUUUUUAUUAAAUAAAAAUAAAAACAUUUUUUUCAAAAGAGAUGAGACUUGGCAAUGAAGUGAAAAGAACGAAAAAAAAUAUAUUUUUGGAGAUGAAAAAGUUUUAAUUUUCUGAGUUUUGAGUGAUUGUUUAAUUAAAAAAUAAAUAAAUACAAUUUUCCUUAUUUUUGGCAAAAACUAAACAUGAAAAAAUUUAUAAAAAAAAUUAUUCGUAUGAAAAAAUUAUUAAAAAUUUAUGUAGAAAGAUAUAUGAAAAAAAAUGAGUAGGAAUUUAGAAAAAAAAAAAUAAAAUUAAUGAAAUUUAUUGAGAAACAAAAAUGAAAAAAAAAAUAAAUAAAACAGCAAAAAUGUUUAUUAUGAUUAUGAUUAUUAUUAUAUAAUAAAAAAAAAUCGA